AUGGCAUCGCGCGCCGUCGGCUCUGCAACGCCCUCUCCCCCUCCCAGCAUCCACACCCCCCCGGCCCCCCGGCUAGGCUUUCCCGACAGCUGGGAGCCCUACUCGCCUCGCAAGUCAGCGAGAAUUUCAUCGCAGCGCACCGCCAACAGAACCCCUUCGCCUCGCGCCUCUCACAGCCGCAUUGCAUCUCCGCGCAUCUCCAAACGAGCAAACGCCCAGACCAACGCCGCCAUGGUUUCCCCCAUCCCCUCGCCGCGCAAGAAACCCCAUCCUGCACCUGGUGCCUCUCGUCAACCGUCGGGAACGUUGACGGCAGAGGGAACCGCCAACGCUGCCGCUGCUCUUGGUCUCAACGACGCCAAGGCCCCUCAAAAGGCUUCCGUCUCGCGUGCCACGGGCAUGCUUCCCACUCCGUCCAAGACGCCCCAAAAGCCGCCAAACGAGAAGACUGCCGCCAACAUUCAGUCCUUUGCCCGCAACCUCUUUGCGCCCGAGGAAGAAGCCAUGCCGGCUCCUCGCAAGCGACGCUCGAAAAAGUACUCGGGCAUGACAAUGGAGAGCUUCACCGCCGAGGAAAAUGAAAACUCAAUCGAGAUUUUCACCGACUCUCAGGAUCGCGUGCCCGUCAAGGACCAGAGUGUGGAGAACCCUUUUUACGGCGACGUGCCCGCGCCAGGCACCCGCAAGAGCAAGCGCCGACUCAUCAACAUCCCCGGCGAGGGUGCCUUGUCCAUCGAGGAGGCCUCUCGCCGAGAAGACGGCAUGGUCUACGUCUUCCGUGGCAAAAAGUUCUUCCGCGAGUUCUCAAAGAACAACAGUGCUCAGGCAGAGGAGCAAGAGAUGUCUGGGGCCAGUCUCGAGUACAGACUCACCCGUCCACUCACCCGAUCCUCGGUCAAGCCUCGGCUGCUGUUUCCGAGGCAUCAACCAGACGAGCACGACGAUGACGAGGCCCUGACCGACGUGGAAGACACGAGCGUGGCGAACGAGCCCGCCAACCCGCAGACGCCCAAGAAAUCCCACUCGACCUCGGCAAAGACGCCAGAAGCGCCCAGGUUUGCCCCCGUCUCGCCGCCCGACACGAAGCGGACGACGCGCUCUACCAACAAGCUGGCGCACGACGGGACCCCGUUCAAGAGCUCCUCUGGGCGAAGAAGCCCGUUCGAUGCCUGGCCACGCACCAAAGAGCUCAAGUCCCCAUCAGCGUCGAAGCGGCACGGCGAGAGCCUCGCAUCGUCGACGACUAAGCGAUCUCGUGCUUGA